AUGGCCGCAGACUUUUGGGCCGGCUACAUCAGCGGAGCCGUUGGGAUCAUCAUUGGCAAUCCUCUCGAUGUCAUCAAAGUCCGGCUACAGGCCGGAGGCUCACAUACAGAUGCAUCAUCGGUACGUUCAAGCCGCUUUGAAAGAGCAAGCUCUCUUGUGCGAGGCGCAGCUGCUCCGAUCUUAGGCUAUGGAGCUCUCAAUGCUAUUCUUUUUGUCGCUUACAAUCGAUCCUUAGCAGCAUUGGACGGGUCCGUGACGGAUCCCACCAAUCCCGUGGGGGUCUCGGCUUACAAGAUUUGGCUGGCCGGUGCCGCAGGCGGACUGGCUAGCUGGUCCAUUUCAUCUCCAACGGAGUUCAUCAAGUGUCGGGCGCAGCUGGAUCGCCGGCCCGAAGUCUCCUCGUGGGCGGUGGCCAAGGACAUCUUCCAAACCCGCGGUUGGAGGGGUCUCUACUUUGGGGGCGGGAUUACUAGCGCCAGAGAUUCAAUUGGCUAUGGAUUCUAUUUCUGGUCCUACGAACUUUCCAAACGAUUUUUGGACUCUGAUGAUGAUGGUUCACACCAGAUUGCUUUGAAGAUUCUGCUAUGCGGUGGCAUUGCCGGCGUUGUCACUUGGGGCUCGGUGUUUCCAUUAGAUGUGAUUAAGACUCGGCUACAGGCACAGACAAUUACAGAUCAUUCGCCCGGGACAAUCGAGAGCCAGUCUCUACUACGGCCACAGCGUCACACGCUGAAUUCUUUCCAAAUUGUGAAGGAGACAUAUCGUGCCGAGGGUAUCAAGGCAUUCUAUCGUGGCCUUGGAGUCUGCAGUGUAAGAGCGUUCAUUGUGAAUGCUGUUCAGGUCUGUUUUCUCCAUGUUGUCAUCACAAUGGAUUAA